UAGCAGCUAACGGGCACGAGUUGUUGUCAGCUGUGUGGACUCGUCGCUGGGCUGAACGGACGGCUUGUCUCAGUCAGUAGUCGGUAAUUAGUCACCCCCCAACUAUUGUUGUCCUUGGCGUCAGGUUCGUAUUAUCCGGUACCGGGCCGUAUGGAGUCUUCGUUUAAAUCUUUGGGUUGGUGCUCUUCUUCUGGCAAGAAAACGUCCAGCUAAUGUUAGCUCGCCGAAGCCUUCCACGGACGGCGUGUGGACGAAGGAGCGGAGAAGCUCAGAGCUGCUGGCCGCUCUACUGACGGGGACAUAGGCUCGUUUCAACCCGAACAAUGGGCCUAAUAUUCGCCAAACUGUGGAGCUUCUUUUGUAACCAAGAGCACAAGGUGAUCAUUGUAGGACUGGACAACGCAGGAAAAACCACUAUACUCUACCAGUUUCUGAUGAACGAGGUGGUGCACACGUCACCCACCAUCGGCAGCAACGUGGAAGAGAUCGUGGUGAAGAACACCCACUUCCUGAUGUGGGACAUAGGGGGACAGGAGUCCCUCAGGUCCUCCUGGAAUACCUACUACUCCAACACGGAGUUCAUCAUUCUGGUGGUUGACAGCACAGACAGAGAGAGACUGGCYAUCUCCAAAGAGGAGCUCUACCGAAUGCUAGCUCAUGAGGACCUGCGCAAAGCAGCGGUGUUGAUAUUUGCCAAUAAACAGGACAUGAAGGACUGCAUGUCUGCAGCAGAGAUUUCCAAAUACCUCACCCUGAGCKCCAUUAAAGACCACCCCUGGCACAUACAAUCCUGCUGUGCUCUUACAGGAGAGGGUUUAUGCCAAGGCCUGGAGUGGAUGACCUCCAGAGCUGGACUCAGAUAGCCUCUGGUUCUGCCAUCAACAGUCUGACUACCUUCAUCACAGCAUCAUGUCCUUCCUGGCUUAUAGUUCCUUUCAUUUCCCCUUUUUAUGGAACAUUGCACCGGCACAGGACAAGCACAUGGAUGUCCAACGUCGUCGUUGCUUCUCCUGCUGACCAGCUACGAAUAUUUAGAGACUUGCUAUUGGAACAAGCAGUGACUUUUACUAAAGAAUGAUCUUUUCUCACAUUCUACACUACAUAUCA